AAUCUAUCUAUCUAUCUAUCUAUCUAUCUAUCUAUCUAUCUAUCUAUCUAUCUAUCUAUCUAUCUAUUCAUCCAUCCAUCUUCCUCUCUGCCCUUCCCAGUAUCAUCUUUGGAAUCCCUACCCAGAUUUUACCCGUCCACUGCACACUCUUUAACUGGGCUGGCCACCUCUCCCACCCUCCUUGCCCAGGAUCAGUCCUCCCCCCAUUCUUUCCAGAUUAUAGCAUCUUUCACUGGGCGGGCUCCCAUUAAUAACUGUGUCUGCCUCUCUGGCCAGAGAUGGGAGGGAAGGGAGCAAAGAAUCUUGGAAUGGAAACUAGGUAAUUAAAAAAAAAAGUCAGAAGGGCGGUGGGGGGCAGGGCCAGCUGCCCAGACCAGGGAUAAAAGGCUUUGCUGGCGUGUCCAGGAAGAGACACCACCCUGCUUCUUUUACACUUGCAAGGAGCCAGAGUGACUGGAGCCUGGUAGGCAUCUUUUCUUCACAGCUGGAGGAGGCUGUGACCCCCAUCCUCUCCGACUCUGGCCUCUACCACUCAGCUCUGUCCUCAUGUCACCGAGGUUCUGGGCCUCCGUGUGAGUGGUACUCACUGCCCCAAGUCUAUUUCUGGUUUUCUCUUCCACUUGCUCUCUGCGUUUGUUAGACCUGGACCUUCAGCUCCAGAAUGUUCCUUCUACUGACCGUACUCCAAGCCUUGGCUCUAGGUAAGAGCAACGGGGUCCCCUGGAGACUCUGGGAUGAGCUAGGGAUGGGUUCUGGGGUGUAAACAUGCUCUUGGAGACAGCUUGGUUAGAAAGAGUCCAGAGGGGCUGGAAGAUGGCUCAGCCUUGUAGACCAAUGGCCUGAGUUUGACCCCCCUAGAACUCACUCUUUUAAAAAAUGCAGUGGACUAUUGUAAUUCCUACACUGGGGAGACAGAAGACAGGAGCCCCCUGGGGCCCGCUGGCCAGCCAGCCUAGCCUAACCAGCAAGUUCUAGGCCACUGAGAGACCCUGUCUCAAAAGAAACACAAAAAGAUGGAUGGUGCCUGAUAGAUGACACCUGAGGUUCACCUUUGGGUUCUACAUACACAGAGAAAGCAGAGAGUAGAGUAGCUGAGGACUUCACUUAACUAGAAGUUCAUGCCCUCAUUCUAAGUUUGGAGAUACCAGGGAAAAGGGUUGGAGAGAAAGCAGCUAUAGGAAAUGGAGGAAACCAGGAAUUAGAAAAGUUCUGACACCUCAAGUGGCUUCCAUCUGAAGAGGCCCAUGGGGCUGUCUCUGGUCGUGUCCGGGAAGAUGAAAGCAGACUAUGAAAGGGUGGAGGGAGUCUGGGGGAAGGUUUGGAAGGACACAGGAACUCGUGUGUUGAGGAAGGACUGAGUAGCGUGUGGUACUCUGUGGGGAGCACUGAGUGGCGUGUGGUACUCUGUGGGGAGCACUGAGUGGCGUGUGGUACUCUGUGGGGAGCACUGAGUGGCGUGUGGUACUCUGUGGGGAGCACCAAGAGCUCGGCAGUAAAGUACUUGUCACUCACCCAUGCGUAGAGUUCAGAUCCCCAGAACCCACAUAGCAGCAUCUGUUUGUGACGGGCAUCCUUGAAUUCCAACUUUGGAAGGCAGAGAUGGGGUCCCCAAAGGAAGCUGGCUAGUGAGACUGCCCCAAAGAAUGAGUUCUGGAUUGGACUGAGAGACUCUGCCUCAAUGGACAAGAUGGAAAAAUGAUCAAGGAAAUCCCCAACAUACCUUCAGGCCUCAAUACAUACAUGCACCCAUGCAUACAUGUGCCCAUAUAUAUGCAAAUACACACACAUAUGCAUACCAUAUGAAAAUGGAAAAACAAAAAUAUUCAUUGGAACCAUGAACCGCUAUAGCAAGGCCCUGGAUGAGUUGGACAGGAAUACAAUAACAGAAACCAUGGAGGUCAGUUGAGGGAGGGUCGGAGAAAUCCCGUUUGUGUUGGGGGUAAUGAUGCAUGCAUUUCACACUUGGGGGAGCAGAAAGAGGUGGAUGUUUAGGUGUUGGACCACAAGGAAGAGUCUCUGUCUGCUGGGCAUGGUACAGAGUUGGGGAUUAGAGGACAUUUGUCCAUCUUCUCUCCCACUCCACCCACCCCAUCUGCCCCCAGCCAUGGUCCAGAGUCAAGGAGAUCAUAAAAUUAUCGGUGGCUACACAUGUAUCCAGAACUCCCAGCCAUGGCAAGUGGCCCUGCAAGCAGGUCCUGGGCGUAGAUUCCUGUGUGGAGGGGUUCUACUGUCGGACGAGUGGGUCAUCACUGCUGCCCAUUGUGCCCGCCCGAUUCUUCACGUGGCCCUGGGCAAGCACAACCUACGGAGAUGGGAAGCGACUCAGCAGGUGGUGCGCGUGGCUCGCCAGGUGCCGCAUCCCCAGUACCAACCCCGGGCCCAUAACAAUGACCUGAUGCUGCUAAAGCUGCAGAAGAAGGUGCGGAUGGGGCGAGCAGUGAAGGCCAUUGCCUUGGCCACGUCCUGUGCCAGCCCAGGGACUCCCUGCCGGGUGUCAGGCUGGGGGACCACAGCCAGCCCCGUUGCCAGGUACCCCAAUGCUCUGCAGUGUGUGAAUGUCAACAUUAUGUCAGAGGAGGUGUGCCGUCGGGCCUACCCGGGAACCAUCACAUCCGGCAUGGUCUGUGCCGGGGUUCCCCAAGGCGGAAAGGACUCCUGUCAGGGUGAUUCUGGGGGACCCCUGGUGUGUGGAGAACAGCUCCAGGGCCUUGUGUCCUGGGGAAUGGAGCGUUGUGCCAUGCCUGGCUACCCGGGGGUCUACGCAAACCUGUGCAAUUACCAAAACUGGAUCCAGAGAACAAUGCAGGGCAACUGAUUAUCCACUACCAUCCUGUCAUUACCAGCUGUCCCUGCGCUUUCACUGCCUCCUCCAUCAGACGCUGAAGUCCUCCUCAGCCCUCCUCCCACACACUUAAGACUCUAGUCUCCAGCCUCCUCCCUCAGACCCAGGACCCCAGGCCCAGCCUCCUCCUCAGACCCAGGACCCCAGGACCAGGCCUCCUCCCUCAGAGUCAGGACCCCAGGCCCAGGCCUCCUCCCUCAGAGUCAGGACCCCAGGCCCAGCCUCCUCC